UAUUUUUAUUUUUAUUUUUUUUUCACAUGUUUGUAUAAUGAAUAAUUUUCUCUGAGCUCAGCGGAAAAAAAAUUCUGAACAACUUAUUUUCCCUCAUUUUCAAUCUAAUUAAGGAUAAUAUUAUCAUGAGAUAGUGAUUUAUAAUAUAUUUUUUUUAUACAUAUUUCUCUCCAUAAAAACAUGAGAUAAUAUGAAUCAUAUGAUAAAAUUUUCUCAUUUUUUCUUAUCUCGUAUUUUCUCAAACGUAAUCUUAUAAGAAAAUUACAUUUCUUAAUUUUUUUCGGUUAGAUCUUAAUAUAAUAUUUUUUUUAAAAAAAAUGAAGGAAUUAUUUAAUGGGUUUUAAAACUCUACUUUACCAAAAGUGAUAAAACGAUUAAUUUAAAAAAAAAAAAAAUAUAGUCCGUUUUGAAGGAAUUUUGCAGCAACCGCGAAAUUUUCUGAUAGAGCUAACGCUGCUGGUUCCGUUGGGUGUACUCAGGUAAUCAUCUGUGUCCGUAUUGAAUCAUUCAUCAUACUUUGCUAAGAGCAAGCAUGGAUCAAAAGUUGAAGGUCUACAUCUGGGACAUGGAUGAGACUCUUAUUUUGCUUAAGUCUUUACUGACCGGGACAUAUGCUGGGGCUUUUAAUGGUCUGAAGGAUGUGCAGAAUGGUGUAAAUCUUGGAAAACUUUGGGAGAACCAUAUUCUUAAAGUAUGUGACACACAUUUCUUUUAUGAUCAAAUUGAGAGCUUUAAUCAACCAUAUCUUGAUUUCUUGAACCAAUAUGAUGACGGCGCAGACCUCUCCAGCUACAACUUUAGUCAGGAUGGUUUUGGCCCUGUACUUGAUGCUCUUAACAAACGUAAAUUGGCUUACCGUCACCGCGUUGUAGCUGAGAAGUAUAGAAAGGGAUUGCAUAAUAUUCUUAACCAAGAUCUCAUAAGAUUGUGGGAGAGUCUCUAUGACUUGACUGACACUUACACAGAGAGAUGGCUUUCUUCAGCUAGGGCCUGUUUGGAGCAGUGUGCAGGUCGGAGAAGAGAUGUGACACCCUCCACAAACUCAGAUGAUGUUAGAGAUGCUGCAUUUGAGCAUAUCAAUGUCUUAGUUACCUCGGGACCUCUCGUACCCAGCUUGGUCAAAUGCCUAUUCUUUCGGCUUGACAAUAUGAUUACUUGCAAUAACGUCUAUAGCUCGCUGGACGUGGGGAAGCUCCAGUGCUUCACGUGGAUCAAAGAGCGGUUUGGAGGGCCGAACGUCCAAUUCUGUGCUAUCGGGGAUGGCUGGGAAGAAUGCGAAGCUGCUGAAUCUAUGAGAUGGCCGUUUGUUCAGAUCGAUCCACAGCCUAGAAGUCUCCAUAGGUUCCCAGGUCUCAACUCUGGUGAGUUAAAGCACUAUUUUUCGAUAGUGUAUGGAGAUGAUGAUGAUGAUAGUGAAGAUAGGGAAAAAAACAGAGAGUUAUUAUAAUACAAACCAAAAUAUAUAACACUGUGUUGCUUUAUUUCUUGCAAUUUCAUCAAACUUAAUGUUGUAAGGGUAUUUUAUUUAUACUAUUAUACAAUUCUUUUACAAUGAGUUGCAA